GAGUGGAUUAUGAAUGCCCCAAACCUGCUUUGUUUGUUGUUAAACCUGGCCUUCUUGUGUAACAUCAUCCGUGUUCUAGUGACGAAACUGCGAGCUGUUCAUACAAACGAACCAAGCCAGUUCAGGAAGGCUGUGCGGGCUACUUUGGUUCUAGUUCCUCUGUUUGGUCUUCACUUUACCCUGAUAAUAUACAGACCAGACAGUGGCAGCUGUGGUUGGCUGGAAGCAUAUUUCUACCUGAGCUAUGCCAUGGACGGGCUGCAGGGCUGUAUGGUGGCAUUCAUCUUCUGUUACAUGAAUGGAGAGGUUCAAUAUCUGUUAAAGAGAUCCUUUCAUCGGUUUAAACUUAAACGAAACCUGGCGAGAAACGUCGCAUCUAACAGCAAUUCUCCAAGGACUACCAGAGAUUCAGUAACCACGCAGGUCUCUUCAAUAGCAGAAACGGUUGCGCGUGAAAUAAGUCCAGUAGAAUGUAGCUAG